CUGUCGCGCGAGUGGGCAGCAGCGGGCCUGGCGCAGUUUCCGUCUCUUCGGGGCUUUUUGGCUCCGCCACCGGCUCGUGUUUCAUCGGAUACACACGGGACAGGUGUCAUUUGAAGCGCUCGCACCCACCCCCGCCCACGAGUCGGUGUUUGUUUAUAUCUGGAAGCUUUGGCCGGCUGAAAAUUCACCAAGAAGCAGAAGCGGAGUCAUCGCCCGUGCUGCAGUUCACCACCGCCCACCAACUAGAGAAACGUCAACAAACACCGCAGCGAGGCCGGUCUGUGAGCGAACCUCGCUUUUAUUGAUAUGCAGCUGCCUUCCUGCGUCCGGGGUGGUCUUUGUGUUUCUUACGAGGGCGUCGGCCUUUAGUGUGCUUUUUAAACAAUUUGCUGCUGCGUUUCUUUGGCUCUCAUUCAGUUCAGCAGCAGCGGCAGAGACGCGCUGAGGAGGAGCGUCCCCCUGGUGUUUUAUUAUUACGGGUGGAGCAAUCCACCAGCAGACAGGGACUGAGGACCGACACAGACAAGAGACAACAUGUUCGACACGAGAGGGAUCCCCUUUGUCCUGCUAGAUAUAGCCUGCCUGGCUCUGGGAGGUCUGCCUCUGGCAGCCUUUAACCUGGGUAAGAUCCGUCCCUACCAAAGGGGCUUUUUCUGUACAGACGACAGCAUCAAGUACCCUUUCCACACCAGUACAAUCACCUCCACGGUGCUCUACACUGUGGGCUUCGCCCUGCCCAUUAGCUGCAUGAUUGUUGGCGAGUGUCUUUUAGUUCAUCUAAACCGCAUCAAGUCCAAGUCGUCUUUCGGCAGCUACGUCGCCCGUGUUUACAAAGCCGUCGGUACCUUCCUUUUCGGUGCCGCCAUGAGCCAGUCUCUGACGGACAUCGCCAAGUAUUCAAUUGGCCGGCUCAGGCCGCACUUCCUGGAUGUGUGCAAACCUGACUGGAAACAGAUCAACUGCUCAGCAGGGACUUAUAUCGAAAACUUCACCUGCACUGGAGACCCGACAAAGGUCAACGAGGGCCGGCUCUCUUUCUACUCCGGCCACUCGUCUUUUUCCAUGUACUGCAUACUGUUCCUCGCUCUCUACCUGCAGGCUCGGCUCCAGGCUGACUGGGCACGUCUGCUGAGACCGACCCUCCAGUUUUUCCUGAUUGCGGCCUCAGUGUUCACAGGACUGUCAAGAGUGUCUGAUUAUAAACAUCACUGGAGCGACGUUCUGACCGGACUCAUACAGGGCGCGCUCAUGGCUUUGCUUGUGGUCUUUUUCGUGUCAGACUUUUUCAAGCCACAGAUGGAGCCCCGUAAAGAAGCAGACAUCCCACACACAACGCUGCAGGAGACGCCAACAAAUGGAAAUCACUUUGAAAGCCCUAACUAAGCUGAGUGAGCAGUGGGGGCGACCUCUGCUCUGUCCAAACGCACACCCAGGAUCUCAGCUCUCUAGCCUAUCAUCUUAUGCAAAUUCCCCUCUAGAUGCCCUGCAUGGAUUUACAAUGUGAACUACUUGAUUAUACUUUAAGUACGCUGGUGGAUGAACAGACAUGCCCAAAAAAGAGACUCCUGAAACCACACAGGCCUGUUUGGUUUUAAGACUUUACAAUUUCAAGACGUUUGCUGUCUUGUUCAUCACUUCUCCGUGUGGCAGGAGAGAGGUGAGACAGCAUGUCCAAUCCUUGUAGAUAAGCUGACUGAGACAGAUGUAGGUUACGGGCUAGAGGUUCUGAAAGGACAGAAAUCUUUUUAGCAUGUAUGAAUCUACUGAACCAAUGGAAAGACUUGCCUGCAUGUACCCACUAAAGGGUCUGACCACUGCUGGGGGGAAGAGGAGGGUUGGAAACCUGUGAAUGUAUCUAUGCUUAGUGCUUUUCCUGACCUGGAGUCAGUGUGCUGAAGGAUCUGAUUCAAGGUCAGCUUUGUCUCCACUAGCCACAGAGUGAGUCUGAGUCUUCUGGCCAUGCUGCCUUAGGUUCAUUGUUAACUAAAGGGCUUAUUAAGAAAUGUUUGUUAUUGACUAGACCAUGCUGAUGGGGAGGGUAGAAAAGCUGAUCUUAGACCAGAGGCUGUCAGCGCUGCACAUCCGGAGCUGCUGACUCCAGGCCGCUGCCAUCUUAUUCUCCAGCUUUCUAACCUAAUGUUCAAGUCAAGGAGUUUGAUUUGUAGCGUGUUUGGUUAGAGUGUUGCAGAUUAGGCUGUCAGUUCAAGUCCCGUUUUGCCUUUGCUGGACUGCUGCUGCUAUUACAGCUUCCUGUGUCACUCAUGUAAACAUCAAGUGAAUGGACAACAAUGUGCUUUUAUAUAAUCUGUUUGUAAACAAAUCACCAUACAGACAUUUAUUGAAGUAUGUCAAAUAUCUACACGCACACCUCUAAAAGUAAGGAAAAAUAAAGCCAUUUAUUAACAUCAA